AUGACUUCCAAAGUUGAUGGACGCGCGUAUCCGAUUGUUCCUUCCAUUCGCAAAGGUCUGAACAUCGUCCUCGACGCUACAGCAAUAUCACUUCACCUGUUCCCUACUCCUUCGUCUCUCUCCCUCUUCCCCUCCUCGCCGUUGCCCCCCAUCGUUAUCUUCACCUCAUGCAUGUAUGCGCCGCUGACCACGGUGUGCUCCAUCAAAUCGAUUUCCCUUCGCCUGCUACUUACUUAA